AUGGCGGCUUCUGAUAGUAGAAACAACAGAGCAGAUGAACCUGGUUUUGUUGUGCAACCUAAAGGAGAGCAUAGAGUCAUUAUAGUAUGGCUGCAUGAUAAGGAUGAGCGUUCCUCUGAUUCACUUCAGUUUGUGGAACAAUUGAAUCUUAAAAAUGUCAAAUGGAUAUGUCCCUCUCUCGUGUUCCCCGAUUCAUUCAUAAAAGGAGUGGGAGGUUUAGGAAUGGGUGCAGCAGUAGCUCUCCACUUUGCAACAAGUUGUGCUCUUAACCAUUAUACUAUAAAUCCCCGAGUUGUUGUUGGAAUCAGCGGGUGGCUUUCUAAUUCGGGGAGCCUAAAACGCAGUAUAGAAUCUGCUUCACAUGGGGCUCCAGCUCGUGCUGCAUCGCAGUCAAUCUUUAUUACGCAUGGAAUAUGCGAUUCUGUUCCUCACCCCUGUGACUGUGGAGAAGAAGCUGUUUUGUCCCUUAGAGAGGCUGGAUUUAGAGACGUCAAGUUCACACCAUUUGCAAGGUUUGGACCGACUGCUCAUGAGAACAAUCGCAACGUAAUGGUCAAAAGCUGGUUGGAAGAGAAGCUCCAGCUCGAUGUUACUAUACCAUAGAGACUUUCCUCUAUCUAGUGACUAGUAGUUUACUAAAUAUCGUCGUUUGUUUUCUUUGUCCUGAAUAAAUUAGCGUGACUCAUGUUAUGACUUAUGACUAAGUUUUUAUUUUUUACAGACUUUAUGCUUUUGUGUUUUUCCCGUUGUUGCUAUCAAUUUGUCGCAACAUUGUUUUUUUAAUAAUUAAAUAAUUAUUUAGAAUUAAUU